AUGAGACAAGAAGAUUUCAGAUAUACUGUAUUACUAGAAAAAGAUAUUACCAAUAGAAAAGUUAAUGCUGAUGGAGAAAAAGUAGAAUGGAUGAAAAUGCAAUGGUUGUACUUUGUAAAAGAUAAACCUUACAAAAUGUUUUUUAAAUAUUCUAAUAAUGAGUUUGUUGCAUUUAUUUCUGUCAACUUUUCCAAACGUUUGAUGGCAAAACCAAAAGAAUUAGAAUUAUCCCAAUGGGCUGGCAAUUAG